AUGAACAAACCCGAAUCGCAUGAACUCUUUGUGCUCAAGGAGGGCGAGAAGAAGAUCUCUUACCUGCCCGACACAAAGAUCCAAAAUGCGGCGACGUUCAACAUAGAGAAGGAGGAUCACACCAUCGGCAACCUUCUGCGAAUGCAGCUGUUGUCGGAUCCCGACGUGGUGUUUGCGGGCUACAAGGUGCCCCACCCGCUCAAGCACACCACCGUCAUCAAGGUGCAGACCAACCACAACUCCUCUCCCGUGGCGGCGAUGACGAAUGCGCUGACGGACCUGUUGAGCGAGUUCAACCUGCUCAGCGAGCGAUUCAACUCUGCCCUCGAAAAGCACCAGCCCACCACCUCCGCCUACUACGACGAGUAG